AAACAGACGUUUCGACACCACGUGACAAGCUAAGCAACGUCUACGCUCCUGUCACGUGACUAGAGCCCAGCUCCUUCUUCUUUUCGUUCCUGCCUCCGUCGUCGGCUGGCCUGCGUCGAGCGACAACGCGACGGCGAGGGGGCGGGGCUCCGGCCGGUCACGUGGCCCCGCACCUCCCCGGCGCGCGCCCGCCCGCCCGCUCGCCCCCGGCCCCGGCUCCUCCUCCUCCUCUUCUCGCCAUUGCAGUUGGACUCAGCAGCCCGGUGCGCACCGCGUGGCUUUUGGGGGCAGACCCCAGCGGGCUGUGGCAGGAGGGCGGCGGCGGCUGCAGUCGGGGAAGAGGACGCCAACAAGAUAGUCGAAGUAUUGAUAACACCAAGGAAAUCUGUCAUAAUUUGAAAAGAUAAGCAAAAUUUGAUUUCCAGACACUACAGAAAAAGAAGUAAAAAUGCGUCCAUUGCGAAUUUUUGUAAAUGAUGAUCGCCACGUGAUGGCAAAGCAUUCUUCUGUUUAUCCAACCCAAGAGGAACUGGAGGCCGUCCAGAACAUGGUGUCCCACACAGAGCGGGCUCUCAAAGCUGUGUCCGACUGGAUUGAUGAGCAGGAGAAAGGCAGUGGCGAGCACGCUGAGUCUGAGAACUUGGAAAUGCCCCCGGAGGAUGAGACCAAAGAAGGGGCAGGGGAGCAGAAGACGGAGCACAUGACCAGAACCCUGCGGGGUGUGAUGCGUGUUGGCCUUGUGGCAAAGGGCCUACUGCUCAAGGGGGAUUUGGACCUGGAGUUGGUACUACUAUGCAAGGAGAAGCCCACGACUGCCCUAUUGGACAAGGUGGCUGACAACCUGGCCAUCCAGCUCACUGCUGUUACAGAAGACAAGUACGAAAUACUCCAAUCUGUUGAUGAUGCUGCGAUUGUGAUAAAAAACACAAAAGAACCUCCAUUGUCCUUGACCAUCCACCUGACAUCUCCCGUUGUCAGAGAAGAAAUGGAGAAAGUGUUAGCUGGAGAAACGCUAUCAGUCAACGACCCCCCGGACGUCCUGGACAGGCAGAAAUGCCUUGCUGCCUUGGCGUCCCUCCGACACGCCAAGUGGUUCCAGGCCAGAGCCAACGGGCUGAAGUCAUGUGUCAUUGUCAUCCGGGUCCUGAGGGACCUGUGCACCCGUGUGCCCACCUGGGGUCCUCUCAGAGGAUGGCCCCUCGAGCUUCUCUGUGAGAAGUCCAUCGGCACAGCCAACAGACCCAUGGGUGCUGGCGAGGCCCUGCGGAGAGUGCUGGAGUGCUUGGCGUCAGGCAUCGUGAUGCCAGAUGGUUCUGGCAUUUAUGACCCUUGUGAAAAAGAAGCCACUGAUGCUAUUGGGCAUCUAGACAGACAGCAACGGGAAGAUAUCACACAGAGUGCGCAGCAUGCUCUGCGACUCGCUGCGUUCGGCCAGCUGCAUAAAGUCCUGGGUAUGGACCCUCUGCCUUCUAAGAUGCCCAAGAAACCAAAGAAUGAAAACCCAGUGGACUACACAGUUCAAAUCCCUCCCAGUACCACCUAUGCCAUUACGCCCAUGAAACGCCCGAUGGAGGAGGAUGGGGAAGAAAAGUCUCCGAGCAAAAAGAAGAAGAAGAUUCAGAAGAAAGAGGAGAAGGCAGAGCCUCCCCAGGCUAUGAAUGCCCUGAUGAGGUUGAACCAGCUGAAGCCGGGGCUGCAGUAUAAACUGGUUUCCCAGGCCGGGCCGGUCCAUGCCCCCAUCUUCACCAUGUCUGUGGAGGUAGAUGGCAGCUCAUUCGAAGCCUCCGGACCAUCUAAAAAGACUGCCAAGCUGCAUGUGGCUGUUAAGGUGUUACAGGAUAUGGGCUUGCCUACGGGUGCUGAAGGCAGAGACUCCAGUAAAGGGGAGGACUCGGCUGAGGAGACAGAAGCCAAGCCAGCUGUGGUGGCCCCUCCACCUGUGGUAGAAGCUGCCUCAACCCCCAGUGCUGCCUUCACCUCAGAUCCCACUGCCGAGAACGUAAAACAGCAGGGGCCGAUCCUGACCAAGCAUGGCAAGAAUCCCGUCAUGGAGCUUAACGAGAAGAGGCGUGGCCUCAAGUACGAGCUCAUCUCAGAGACUGGUGGCAGCCAUGACAAGCGCUUUGUCAUGGAGGUCGAGGUGGAUGGACAGAAGUUUCAAGGUGCUGGCUCAAACAAAAAGGUGGCAAAAGCAUACGCUGCUCUUGCUGCACUAGAAAAGCUGUUCCCCGAUGCCCCUCUCGCUCUCGAAGCCAACAAAAAGAAGAGAGCGCCCGUGCCUGUCAGAGGUGGACCGAAAUUUGCUGCUAAGCCCCAUAACCCUGGCUUUGGCAUGGGAGGCCCCAUGCAUAACGAAGUGCCCCCGCCCCCGAACCUUCGAGGGCGGGGAAGAGGAGGGAACAUCCGUGGUCGAGGGAGAGGGAGAGGAUUUGGUGGCGCCAACCAUGGAGGCUACAUGAAUGCUGGCGCUGGGUAUGGCAGCUAUGGGUACGGAGGCAACUCGGCAACAGCUGGCUACAGUGACUUUUUCACAGACUGCUACGGCUAUCAUGAUUUUGGGUCUUCCUAGAGCAUCUAAAAGUAUUGCACACAAAAUCAACUUUUUACUCCAAUUUUCUCGAACUCCAAAACCCAAAGUGUCCGUGCUGUGCCCUUGUGCUUCACUGGGUUUCUCAACCGUGGCUUGUCACCGCAGCUUGUCUGAAACUCUUAGCCUGCAGAAUUUAAGACAAUGGCAGUUUUUAUCGUGAUUUGCCUUUGAACUUGGUCAUAUUGAAGUUCACAAUAAGUGGAAAGCAAUUUUCAGAGUGCAUUUUUUUUGUGCAGAAUUGCACAGAAUUCUAGAGCCAGCGUUGGUCAGCAUCAAGGCAAAAGCCCACCUUUGCUUUUUAUGGAAAGCAUUACUUUAUUUAAGAGACAUAAUGAUACAUUUUAAUCUACCUUUGUCUUAAUUUACAGCAGGUUUUGUAUGAAUUUUUAACCUUUUAACAAAUUCCCAAAUCUGGUUGAUGCCUUUGACAGUGAUGAAAACGAUUUCACCACAUCAGUAUCCAGAGCAACUGACUUUUUUUUUUUCUUUUUUCUUUUUUUUUAAAUAAGCAUGUAAAACAUUGGGAACAUUUGGGAAUUGUAUAUUGUGCUAAGUUACCUCUCCCGCCUCUUGUAAAUGCUCUGGUGGGUUCGUGUUUGGGGAUGGAUAGACUAUGGCUGGUUUAGCGAGAAGUGAACUCUCAAAGGUAUCAAAACUGUGCUUUCAUCAUUUAGUGCAAGAAACAGACAGGCUUUAAGGGAGCGAUAGCGCAGAAUUUUGCAAGUCCUAAUAACAGUUCUAAAUGCAUGGGAUUCUAGAAUUUCUGUUAAUAUUUUUAUGGGACUUUUAAAACAAGCAGAAAGAGCCUAAUAUGUAGCUCAAUUCUCCAGUGAAGAACUGGCCUCAGCAGGGCCUGCUGCUGGGUGUGCAUCCGCGGCAGAUUCCAGAAGCCCUGGAAGCUUCCACCCUCUCACCUUAGGGUGCAGACUUGCAUUUGUCACUUCUUCCUGUGUACAGAGGCACACACAGGCGAUUGGGCUCUUUACUCAGGCCCCCGUUUCCUGGUGGGAGUCCCUGGAAACAAGCCUGGUUUUGGCUCCCAUCAGCAGAUCUUUUUGCAGCAAAGCCUGCCUCUGCGUUGACUUGCAAGAUUUUGCGUUUAUUCAGGCAAAAACUGGUCAAAACGGUUACUGCAUAAUUUGUUCCCAGAGGUUUGAAACAUUCAGUGAAACUUUUUAAAACUGAUUGCAUGAUGUAUUUUUUUUUAGAAAGUUAUUGUUUGAGAAUAAUGUCUUUUUAUACCAGGAAAUAGUUAUCCUGAAUGACGUUGAAAACUUCCCCAUCCCUUUAUUUUUUUUUAAUCAAUACAUGUUAAAGUAACAAGCCCUCA